GGAAACUGCACGACAAGGAGGACCAAGGCGAGGAUCCGAAGCGGGCAGAGGAAACCUUGGGUUGUCUAAUGGAGCUGUCGCAACGGACCCUAAAAGAAUGCCACCGCUAAGGCUAGAGUAGAUGACUCCUCUGUAAGUUGAUUAGAGAGCAUCUGAAGAUCACCAAAGACAACAGUUCAACAAGGAUGCCUAAAAAACUAUCACUCAAUUAUAUAUUUUAGGGAUAGGGAUCGGAUUCUGCUUACCACGAUAUCAAGAUCAUUAUUUGAAGGAGAGCACCUUCAGUAAUGUCCAGGCUGGGCCAUGAUGAUGUAACAUGAAACGGCGCGCGUCUCAAUUUUCCUCAUCUUAGACUACUUUCCUGCUCCAUCAAUACGCGCCGGCGUGAAAACAAACCCGAUAGCACUGUAUUACUAGGCCUUUCCGGUUCGAGAUGGGGUCUGUCAGUUAAAUGAUGGGCCUCGGUCCUCAUUCGGGUGGCAAGGCUAAUCCUUUUCCUUAUAAUUAAUGGCAAGAAUCUAGUUCCUUGGCAUUAUUUUCUUCAUUUUUUUAGACUUGCGACUAAUAUUACAUUUGAGUGGGCGCUCUUCUCCUUCUAGGUAGAAUUCAGAAAAUUUUCCCGCUGAUAAUAUAAUUGAAUUCGCCACUGGUCUCCGUGGAUAGAAAAGUCAGACUAGAGUAGCAUCACCAGCUGUAGGAAGUAAAUUUUGUUUUUUCAGCAGGCACUGACCUUACUACCGCAGACCCCAACCUACCCUAACCUAGCCACCGUAAUAAAUUGUAGACUUUAUUUCAAACCUUGCACCGGUCUAUCGCUGCAAAACUCGCCCCCUAGUAAGUACAUGAUAUUGUAUAUUUAGAGUAGAAGGAUGCACGGCACUACUGGAUAUGGAUAGAGAUACUAGUAGGCACGAGUAGCACACUUUGCUACUUGUCGACGUGCCUGAGGGAGCAGGAGCUUGCGCAAAAGAAACCCUGACACCGCAGACACAAUUUACAUUUAGCAUUAAAAGAGUUAUAAUGGUCAAAAGAUUUCGGAGAGGUUUUGCGAGGGACUAUCGGGGGGAGAAGGGGGGGGUCCUAGGGGGGGGUAGGGGGGUCCAACCCCUGUCCAACCCCUGUGCCUGUCCAACCCCUGCGCGACCCUCUUCGCAAGGCCGCAAGCUUGAGGCCACUUCUCCUAAACCCGGUCGCGAGUCCCGGGCGCUACUCCCCCCGACACAUUCCCCCCCGACACUCAGCAAACACGUGCGACAACCCUGCAAGAAGAGCAAACUUCAAAGAGCUCCACCCCGUGCCUGAGACUCAGACUGACUCCGCGAACUACUUCCACUGCCUUCGAUAUUUUCAAGAGGGGGGAGGGGGGCCACCACUGUCCAACCCCUGCGCCUGUCCAAAUGGUCCAAAGAGUCUCAGCCGGGUUUUUUGAGGGAUCGUCGGGGGAAGAAGGGGAGGCGGGGGCAGGGGGGCGGGCGACCCCUGUCCAACUUCCGUACCAGAUCAGGCGCGGCGACGCUUGAGAACCUCGGCGAAAACUGGAGAAAAACCGGCACCACAGUAGGGGGCUAGCGUUUCGCAGCUCCCCCUUGGGAGUGCGCGCGCGGAGGCUGCGAGCGAGGUAUCUUAAGGGGAAGGGGGGCCAACCUGCGUGCUGGCAACGCCUUCACAACUUCCCGCCUGCUUGAUGAUUUUCGUGGCGCAAAGCCGAAAAGGCGCCGGAUGUAAGAGCCAGCCACGCGGGUGGGAGGCCAUAGCUGUAGGCGCGCGGCUAGCUCCUCGCGGAUCCGGACACCCCUCGAGGAGAGUGCGGCUGGAGGAGUCCGCGGGCGGGCAAUCUCACCAAGAUAGAAACGCGGCGCCCAACUCCCGCCCGGGCAACCCCCUCGGGCCCCCUGCGCCCGGUCNGUCGCCGCGUGCUGCGUCCAUUUGGUCGCAAUGAGUUGAGGGGGGUCAUGGUGGGCCUUGGUAGGCUUGGCGCUGUGCUUCUGGGGUCUGUCGUGCUGCGUUUUGGUGCGUGGCCAGGUGGCUGCGCUUUGGAUGGUGCGCGGUCAUGCGGGGCCUUAUGGUGUAGGGGUGAGAGGUCUCCAUAAGUUACAGCGUCGGGGGGUCAUGGUGGUCCUUUGGGGUCGUGGGGUGUCUUAGUCGUCCUCGUCGCCGCGGUGUGUUCGGGGUGGUAGUGCUGUGCCCUUCGGGGUCUUGCUGUGUUUUGGGGUCCGUGCUGUUUUGGGGGUGCUGAGUUGUUUUGGAAGUUCGUCGCGCUGUCUCUUUGGCGGUCGUGCUGGUGCGUCUUGGUUGUCGUGCCUCAUGUCCGGCCAUUUGUCCCUUUGUGGGUCUAUGCUGUGCCCGGGGGUCACGCCGUGCCUUUGGGGCCGUGCUCGGUUUUAUGGUUUGCCAUGCAGUGCCUUUGGGGGUUUGGGGUCAGGGGGUGCCGCAAGGGGGUCGUGGUCCCUCUUGCGGUUUUGCUCUUUUUUUUAGGGGGCGGGUCAUGUCAUAGCCCAGGGGCUGCGUGUUGUCUGCGGGGUUGCUUCCUUUGUCUUCUGGGGGCUGGCGGUCAGUAGUAAUUUCCGCGGGGGGUCAUGCUGUGCCCCUAUGCUCGUGCUCAUGUUGUCUUCUGGGGGCCGUAGUGGGUUGCCUGGAGGGUCGCGCUGUGUCUUCUUGGUGGUCGUGGAGUGUUAAUAAGUUUGCUUGGGGGCCCGUGGCGUCUUUGGUGCUUCGUGUGUUGCUUGGGGGACGCGCUGCGACUGCGUGGCCACGUUGUAGCGUGGGGCCGUGCGGUGCUUAAGGGGUCGCGCUGUGUCUGGGAGGUCGCGCCGUCCCGUGUUUGGGGAGGUCGGUCGUGCUGCGUUUGAGGAGGUCGUGGGGCACUUUGGGGGCCGAGGCGGGACCGAUGGGCGGCCCCCGCUCGUUGAGCCAAAGAACAAACCCGAGGGCAGUCAGCUAGCCCUAGGCGAGAACGCGGGCAGCUCAAACCGGAGAGGCUUGAGCGGCCAAAGCUGGCCCCGGCCAAACUGCCUGGGCAAGCUGAGCGGGACCAGCGAACAAGACGAGCAGGGCGCGCGGGCUUGGGAGGGCUCACCGACGUCGGGCGCACCUCACGGCAUUGGCAACACCUCCGGCCCGCCCCCGCGCACGCAUGAAUGUCCGCCGGGCCUGUCUCAUUGGCGUGGCGUGCCUAAUUGAUUCCGCGCGCCAGGGUUCUGGGUUCCGUGGGUUGCUUCGGUCUUUGUUCUUCUCCAUCAUCUCGACGGCAGCCGCCAAGGCCAAGGGGCGGGCGCUCCGUGCCUCGGUCGCUUUUUUUUUGCUUUCUCUUAUGUUUCUACUCGUCUGUUCUUGUGACUGUGCUGCCAUCAAGGAGGGGUCGCCCAAGGGGCGGCCCCGGUUUCUUGUAAAUAUUAUACAUAGCUAGCAUAAGAGUGGCGGCGGGGGAUCUUUCUUUCUCCUCCUUUUUUGGUUGUCUUUUUCUUGCUUUCUUUUUCGUCACAGCACUUCAAUUUAGUCCGGAAGUGGAAGUGUCCAUCUAUUACAGAAAGGUACCGCCACGAGAUGACGCGGUCCACCUAGGUAAAAGAAAACAGCACGAAUUAGUACAAUUAGAAGAAAAUGAAGCCGACAGGACUACUAGUAUACCACGUACGUAGCUACUGCUAUCGCUCUAAUGCUGUGCGCUUGUUGUGAUGGUGGACAUUCCUGGAACGUCAUUGCGUGCUGGGGACAUCAUUACAGGCUUUGGCAGCGUCGAGCC